AUGCACUUCUUUAAAAAUACUUUCUUGCAUAAUAUCUCGCAUGCAGUGUAUAAGUCCCCUUAUUUAUACUAUACACAUAAUCUUAAACUAUCAAAAUACAAUACAAGUAAAAAUCAACAACCAGAAAUAGUAAAAGAUGUAGAAACAAUUAAUUUAAUUUCUUUAGAUUUUAUAGAAGAUGAACUUAUUUUUAUUUACCAAGAUAAAAUUGUAUGGAAGGAAAAUACUAUUUACGUUAUUGUAAAAAAAUAUGUAAUUUAUCAAAAGCUUUUAAUGAUUUUAAAUAAUAAAAAUCAGAUAGUAGUAGUUAAAUGUAAUUCUUCUUACAUUUUAUGUGAGAAUGUAAUAGAUUUUACUGUAGAUAACUAUCAUUUAUGGAUUAUAUCAACUGAUUAUAAAAUUUAUAAAAAAUAUUUUUACGAAUCUAUUACACACAUUAAUCUUAAUAAUCCACUAAAUAUUAUUAAUAUUAGUAAUAAAUCAUUGAUGGUACAAAUAGAAGUAAAUAAAAAUAUUUACUUAUUUUAUAAAAAUUGUGUAGAAGUAUUUGAUAUAUUAAAUGAUAUUCUUGUGCUUAAAUAUAGAUACAAUACUAAAAAUUAUAAUAUAUAUAAUUUAAAUAAAUUAUAUUUAGUAGAUAAUGAUACAUUAGAAUUGUGUGAAUAUCCUAAAAUUAUAUUAAAAGGUAAAAUUGACUAUGCAUACAAGGAUAAAGAUAAAGAUAUUAUAAUUAGUAAAGAAAAUAUAAUUUAUAUACAAAAAGAAGUAAAUAAAAUACAAGAGAAUUAUAAAAAUAGCAAUAAAUGGAAUAGUGUUUUAGAUAACUUAAAAACUACAUUUGUUAUUGAUAGUUCUGAUGAAAAAUAUAUUUAUAAGAAAUUUGAAGAAGAAGUGUUAGAUAGAUACAGAAAAAUGUAUUAUGAGUUAACAACACUAAAUGAUAGUCUUUUACUAAAAAAAAAUAAAUUAGAAGAACUUUUUGAGAAAGUUAAUAUAAAAAUAAAAAAAUAUGAAAAAAGAAAACUUGACAUAGAAAAAAGGAUAAAAGAUGUAUCAAACAGAUAUUAUAAUGUAUUAUCAACAGUGAAAGUCAAUGCUAAAGAUUUUUACAAGAUUUUGGAUAUAUUGAAAAAUGAAAUUGGUAAAAAGACAGUAUUAAACAAUGAAAAAUAUGUACGAAUGCUAAAAAUGCAAAAAGAACUUUUAAAAAAUAAGAUUUAUAAAUCUAUUUAA